UUUUCUUUCAUCGCAUUUCCUAAGUAAGUGUAGUCAUUGGAAAAAUCAGAAUACUUCACAAUUGUUACAGGUGGAAGUUUCCUCAUUAUAGUAACAUUUUAGUUGAUAAAAAUAUGCGAAACAUUGCAAAAACACAGACGAAAGUAGUUGGCAAUGCAAGUUUUUGACAUACUCGUCGCUUGACGACAUUCGCAAACGUAUGGCUAUCGAAUUUGCGAAAACGAAAUAGACUGUGUUGUAGUGAAAAUUUGGCCAGAUUUUGUUUGGGAUAGAGAGAGAUAGAUAAUAUGAUCUAAUUGGAAGUUCUAUAUAAAAUUUUGCUCGGUUUCGUUUUUGUUUAAUUUCUUUUCCUAUCACGAAAAAACUUGAGCGGAGAAAAUCUUUUCAAGUUUAGUAAAAAUUUUGAUAGUUUAAUUUUCAAGCUUGGAAAUUUGUGAAAAAUUGUCACAGUGAAAAUCUUUGAAUGAAUAUUCGAGUAGGCGGUGGACGUACUUCGAAAAGAAGAGACGAAACCUAGCCAAAUUUAUAACGAAGAAAAAAUCUUACCAACUUUUCUCUUUCAACAAUUUCUAUAGUGCGACCAAGGAAAUGGUGUGGCUGAAAUAAAGAUAGAAAAAUAUAAUACGAAGACAAAAAUUCAAUAUUUCGAUAGAAGAAGACGUUUUCUCAAAACAUUAAAACUAUUCGAGAAAAAGAACUAUUAUCCAUUUAGCAUAUUUGUAGCAGCUGGAGCGAUAUUGACCAAAAACAGUUUGCUAUCAUUCUGCAGUAUCUGAAAUAAGGGUAGCAAAAACAACAGCUGUCUACGGCAAAAGUAGCGGCAGCUAGCUUAAAGGCCAUUGAAAUGAACACAAAAGCUGACGUCAACAGGCGAGUUCUGGCUAUACAAGCCAAGAAGAAACGACAUAAGCCCAACAAGAAGCGUGGUAAACAGAAUGGCGUGGUUGGUGGUUCCGGUACUAGUGUUGGUCAGACACCGGGAAAUUCUAAUAAUAGCAACCCAAGUGGUGCUCCACCAACAUCUCCUAUUUCGCCUGAAGGUGAAAUCACUGCGAAAAUGUCUAAAUCCUUUAGUGGAGCCCCAUCUACAAGUGGCACAGGAUCAUUAGCUACUAAUACGCCAGCUACAGGAUCUACCAAUAAUUUAGACGAUAGUUCACAUCUGAGAAGUUCGGUGAAUAACGUCAGUGGUGGCGUUGGCGGUGGCGCUAGUGGAGGAGGUAAAAAGUCCUCUUCUAACUAUCAGCAGCAGUUGUUGCCGCAGCAGCAGCACCAGCAAAAGUGUAUGAACAAUUUCCAUGUGCAGCAACAAUUUCAGAAUAUACAACAGCAUCAAUAUGAUGAUCCUCAGAAUCAGCAACAGCAACAGCAACAGCAACAACAAUAUCAAUACCCGCCACGCAGUUCAUCGAACGAUUCGGAAGAUUCUGAAUUGAAUAGUGAAAACGAGGAGCAAGAAUUGAAAGAAGACUACUGCAAAGGGGGCUAUCAUCCUGUGAAUAUUGGCGAUUUGUUUCAAGGGCGUUAUCACGUUGUACGCAAAUUAGGAUGGGGCCAUUUCUCCACCGUAUGGCUGUGUUGGGAUUUGCAGGAGAAACGUUACGUGGCCAUAAAAAUCGUAAAAUCAGCUCAUCAUUUUGCCGAGACGGCGAAAGACGAAAUUAAGAUACUCAAAUCGGUGCGCGAUUCGGAACCAAGCAAUCCGCGUCGCCAGAAGACGGUGCAGCUGCUAGAUGACUUUAAGAUCACUGGCGUAAAUGGCACACAUAUUUGCAUGGUGUUCGAAGUGCUUGGCGACAAUUUGCUAAAACUUAUACGUAAGUCAAAUUACCGCGGCAUACCAAUUGAAAACGUAAAGUCGAUUACACGCCAAGUGUUGGAGGGUCUGGACUACUUACACACCUGUUGCAAGAUUAUUCACACCGACAUUAAGCCGGAGAAUGUGCUGCUUUGUGUCGAUGAACAGUAUGUGCGUUCGUUGGCUAACGAAGCUACCGAACUGUAUGUCAUGAAUUAUAAAAUGUUUCCUUCGUUUGUAAGUCGGGCUCCCAAAGAAUAUCGCGAACCGCAAAUUACUGGCAAGAUGAGUAAAAACAAGAAAAAGAAACUAAAGAAAAAGGCAAAGAAACGUCUGGAGUUGUUUAAAAAGCAAUGGGACUAUCUGGAACAGAGUGGCGGUGGUGUGCAGGAGGGCGGAGAAGCGCCAGCCGAGGCUGACGAUAGAACGUUGUUGGCCAACGAUGGCUUCGGCGAUGGCAACAAAGAGCAGCGUGCGCGCUUGAAAGGCGGUAAAUUGGUAAAUGGCGAUGUGACUGAUCCAGAUGAUGGUGAUGAAGAUGGCGACGAUGAAGAUGCAGAACAAGAUGUUAUUGCAGAGGACAAUGCCGCAGAUGGCGAUGCAGAUGACGACGAUGAAGAGGAACAGGUGCUAGGAUGCGACAGCAACAACUCAAAUACGAAUUCACCACGAAAACAACAGAAGCCUACGGCUGUCCACAACGCAACAGAACAAGUCAUCACAAACAGCAUUCCUGGCGAGAAGAAGAAAAAAAAGAAGAAAAAUAAGAAAAACUCAGGGCAUCAGCAACAACAUCAAAAGGAAAGAGAAAACCAACAACAGCAAAAUGAUAACAAAUCAUCAUCGAGCAGUGAUAGCCACACCAUUAAAGACGAGUUGAAUGACUCAGGUAGCUCUUCGCCGACCCUUAAAGGACAAUCAGCAAAUAAGAAAAACGCAUCGACCAAAAAUGCCACCGCAAAGGCAUCGAAAACGCAAAACAACAACAUAAAGAACAACAAUAAUACUAACACGUCGAAUACGAAUCUGACACCUCACAUAAAACAAAAUGCCAAUAAUAAUGAGCAAAUUGUUAAUUGCACAGUAACAACAGCAGCCCCACAGCAAUCCAAAUCCGAGCCGGUUAUAUAUGCGCCUGCAUUAGCUUCACCUCCGGCUGUAAAGCCAAUCCCUCGCAAGGACCCAGCUCUAGAACCCUGUAAGUUUGAUGUUAAAAUCGCCGAUCUAGGCAAUGCCUGUUGGGUUGACAAACACUUCACUGAGGACAUACAGACUCGUCAGUAUCGCUCGUUAGAAGUAAUACUGGGUGCUGGCUAUGAUACAUCAGCGGAUAUUUGGAGUACCGCAUGUAUGGCUUUUGAGUUGGCCACUGGCGACUAUCUAUUCGAACCCCAUUCGGGCGAGAAUUACUCACGCGACGAGGAUCACAUUGCACAUAUUAUCGAAUUAUUGGGUCCGAUACCCCAUAAUAUAAUCCUACGCGGGGCGUAUGCAUCGCAAGCAUUCAACCGUAAAGGUGAACUGCGUAACAUCACCGGCUUGAAACCAUGGGGUUUGGUGGACGUAUUAUCGGAAAAGUACGAAUGGCCACGCGCAGAUGCAGAGUCCUUUGCUGAUUUUCUCAUACCAAUGUUGGUAUUUGAUCGGACGAAGCGUGCAACGGCUGCGGAGUGCCUGAAGCAUCCGUGGCUGAGAUAAAAUACAAUGAUUUGCUGUUGCGCGCAUGCGCCAGCACCAAGCGUAACACCACCACCACCAGAGCCGACAUUGCCCUCACCACUAACGCCAUCUGCAACACUAAUGUCACUGUCCCUGUCGCCAUCACCAUCACCGUCAACUGUGAUGCAUACCACGCACUUAAUUUCCCGCAAUGCCGCAAGUGGCAUGUUGGCGGUAGCAGCUAUGGCCGAACUGGAUGUGGUACAGUGCACAGCGUUACGCAAGCCAUUGGUGGCCACAAAAACCACUUCGCUACCAUUGCCAUUAUUGUCGCAUAAGCGCACCACGCGUUCGGUGUCGGGUGGUGCAGCGACACCCUCGUCAUCGGCGGCUGCUUCGGCAGUUGGCCAAACCCAGUGCUGGCGCAACACGCUCCGGCGUAUGUUUCAGCGCAAGUGACGUUGGCUGCUGCGUGCGCGACGGCGACGCCAACGUGAGCGCGCACUUUGGCAUUGCCGUUGGCGUGGGCGGGGCAAGCGGCGUCGUGUGGUGGUGUUGGCGUUGGCGUACGCGCGCUAUUAUUGAUAGUCGUUUAGAUUUGGAUUGAAUAUUUAUUAAAAAAAUACUAAUAACAAUAAUAAUAAUUUAAAAUAUUAAAAAUAAUAUGAAUGAGGCGUAAAUUAGCAAACGAUGCACAUUAUAUGGAGUAAUAAGGAGGUUUCGUAGGCGGUGUUGACGCAAUAGCCGAUGCAGCAGAACGGGCAUAACAGCAGAAAGAAAAAAAUCACAGCAGCACAACAACAACAAAUUACAUACAAGAAAUUUAAUCAAAAAACAUGUUCUCUCGUAGAGUUUUUAUUUUUAUUUAUCAUUAUAAUGUUUUUAUUACUGUGCAAUCCGCUUCUAUAUAUACAUAAUUAUUUUAUUUAUGAAACGGCAACCAGAAAUAGAAGUAAAUACUUUGUAUCUUAUUUAAUUUAAGACAAUUUGCUAUUUUGCAAAUUAUAUAUAUUUCCUUAGAAGAGUGGUUGGCUAGAGCACAAAAAGUUUGGAGAUUCAUAAGCAAUUACGGACAUUAAUUAAACAAUAUAUUCAUUAUAUAGGAAACGCUUUGUCGCUGAGAAAUUCGUUGUUCGAUAAAUAUUUGAAAUGCAUGUAAAACGUUAUAUAAAUCAAUGAAAACUUAUUUUUGACGUAAAUUUUUAUUUAUUUAUUUUUUUUUUAUAUUAAAAUUAGGUGCUUAUUAUUCUUUAUACAAGCGUUCUCUUUUCCAUUGUUUUUUACGUUUUUGUGAGAAAAGCAUUCCUUUUAGCUCCAAAAUUUGCAAUUGGCUAUUUAAUAAUAUUCCUUUGGAACUGAAAAUCAAUAAAACAAUAAAUUUCUAUUUAAUAAAAUAUUCAAUAUUGCUAUUAUCAAUUGGAAACUAGUUCAACGCGCGAAGCAAUCACAUUUAGAAAGCCAAAAUUUAUAGCCUGUCCAUCAGUAUGUCAUAUUUCGCAUCAAUUUGUUAAUAAUGAGCGCCACGAACAUUUACGAGGACGAGGUGGAUUUUUUAAACUAGUGUGCUAAAAAAGGACUAGAAAAUUAUUAAAAGAAAAUACCCUAUAAACAUGAAAGGCUAAACCUAAGACCUUCCCGGUUUAUCCUUUUAUGUUUGAAUUAAAAAGUAAUAAAAAUUCUGCAUUAUUUUAACUCAGAAUCAAACAACCUAAAAUACAAUUCGUUAGUUUUCAAGCACAAUAUUUUCAUUUGCAAGUAAUACAUUUAAAAAACAAUAAACUAAGAAAUAAGUACAGUUUGUAAAAUUGGAAAAAGGCUCUAAAAGAAAUUGUGUAAUUAUUACAAAAACGUUUUUAGUUAAAAUGGAUACCAUUCUAGAUCAUACAAAAACUUAUAAAAGUUGCAAUGAGUUUCCAGAACUGUUUGUUUCAAAGUAUGAAACUGAACCUGAAGUUACCUGAAGUAACAGACAUUGAGUUAUCAGUAAAUUUGUUUUGGUAAUCAUUAUAAUUCGUGACACUAAAUUAAAAAAAUCCUAAGUUAAUCUGUAGACAAAAUGUACAAGAAUUUUAGUUUGAGAUGUAUUAACAAUUACAGUAAAUGCGAAGAAGUCGAAAAUCAUGUAACUUGUUAAAAAACAUUAACUUUUUAUACAGUACGAAUAUCAAAUAAGGAGAACUUUUAACAAGUUUGCUAUUUUACAAAUACGAAGCCUGAUAAUUAUGUGGUACAUAUACACAGUACAUUUAUUUUUGAACAGAAUCGAACCGAAUAUCUUACAGUUGAAUAAGAAAUUUAAAAAUAAAAAAAUUCCUCCAUUUUUUUUGUUUUUUUUUGCUUAACCAGAACUAAACUGUAAUGACUGAAUAUGUACGAAGAUCAGAGUCGUUCUAUAUUCAUGUGCAUACUCUUAGCUAAAACAGCGCGAAACGGAAAACUGUUAAACGUAAGCUUUAUGUGAAUUACUUUAUUUUAAACAUACUGUUAUAUUAAAUGCAAAAUGAUUUAUAUAUGUAUUAUAAUUAGAUAUCAGUAAAGCUAUAGUAAACUAUAUUUUCUUCAAUAGACAAAAAAUUGAAUUCAUUGGAUUUAGAUGUUUAAACUGCCCGUUUGGAAAAAAUACCUUGUAGAUAAGAGGUAGAAGAGGUUUGCGUUUCCGGUUCCAAACCAUUUGAAAAAGUUGUAUAAUCUAAAACUAAGUGAAACGCCUCAAACCUUUGCACAGUAUUUAUAAAAUUGGAAGUGUC